AUGAUGUGGCUGUUUUUAACAACAACCUGUUUGAUUUGUGGAACUUUGAAUGCUGGUAGAUUCUUUGACUUGGAAAAUGAAGUAAAUCCUGAAGUGUGGAUGAAUAUUAGUGAAAUCAUUACCUACAAUGGCUACCCCAGUGAAGAGUAUGAUGUCACCACUGCAGAUGGGUACAUACUACUUGUCAACAGAAUCCCCUACGGGCAAAGACAUGCUGGGAGCACAGGUCCCCGGCCAGUUGUGUACAUGCAGCAUGCCCUGUUUGGAGACAAUGCCUACUGGCUUGAGAAUUUUGCCAGUGGAAGCCUUGGAUUCCUUCUAGCAGAUGCAGGUUACGAUGUAUGGAUGGGAAACAGUCGAGGGAAUACUUGGUCAAGAAGACACAAAACACUCUCAGAGACUGAAGAGAAAUUCUGGGCCUUUAGUUUUGAUGAAAUGGCCAAAUAUGAUCUCCCAGGAAUAAUAGACUUCAUUGUAAAUAAAACUGGUCAGGAGAAGUUGUAUUUUAUUGGACAUUCACUUGGUACUACAAUAGGGUUUGUAGCCUUUUCCACCAUGCCUGAACUGGCACAAAGAAUCAAAAUGAAUUUUGCUUUGGGUCCUAUGAUCUCAUUCAAAUAUCCCACAGGCAUUUUUACCAAUCUUUUUCUACUUCCCAAUUCCAUGCUCAAGGCUUUUUUUGGUACCAAAGGUGUCUUUAUAGAAGAUAAGAAAAAAAAGAUACCUUCUACCAAAAUCUGCAACAAUAAAAUACUCUGGCUGAUAUGUAGUGAAUUUUUGUCCUUAUGGGCUGGAUACAACAAGAAAAAUAUGAAUAUGAGCCGAAUGGAUGUGUACGUGUCACAUGCUCCCACUGGUACAUCCAUGCAGAACAUCCUGCAUAUAAAACAGCUUUACAGGUCUGAUGAAUUCAGAGCUUAUGACUGGGGAAGUAAAGCCGAAAAUAUGCGUCACUACAAUCAGAGUCGUCCCCCACUAUAUGACUUGUCUGCCAUGAAAGUGCCUACUGCUAUUUGGGCUGGUGGACAAGACGUCCUUGUAACACCUCAGGAUGUGGCCAGAAUACUUCCCCAAAUCAGGAAUCUUCGUUACUUUAAACUAUUCCCAGAUUGGAACCACUUUGAUUUUGUCUGGGGCCUUGACGCCCCUCGGCGGAUGUACAGCAAAAUCAUAGCUUUAAUGAAGGCAUAUCCCUAA